AUGGCCUCCCCAGCGGGUGGCAGAGCCCGAUUGCGCGCUUCCAAGGCAUGUCAAAGGUGUAGCCGCCGUAAGGUCAAAUGUGAUGCUACACAAGUUGGCUGCCCAUGCAGUCGCUGCCGUAUGGAUAAUCUAUCCGACUGUACGUUGACCAACUCCCGCAGAGGCACUUAUGACCGAAUGAAUGCCCGCCUGUCUGAGGCGGAAUCCCGACUCCGGGCCGCCGCAACUUCUUUAUCAUCACCUCCGCGGCGUCUGCAUCCGGAUCAGACAGACCCACCGCUGGACUCGGCAGGUGCAGCUAGCGCUCCUAGUCAAGCUGCGGUUACCAGAGAAGAUGGAGCAUUUAACAUCGCUCCAACGAAUUUGCAGGACUCGUCUAAAGAUACAGGCCAAUCAAGCGAGGCCACUCCGGCCAUAGACCUGGACCUAGACCUGGGUAUUCCCCCUGAUGCUGCACCCUCCACCCAGUCUGCCACAUCCACAAGCUACCGAUCGCUGUCAUCCAUGUUUGAGGAUUUUCUUGGUCAGAGAGGGCACGAAGGUGUAUGCAAGGCAAAGCUAGUACUCUUUGAUGAACCGUCGCCCUUGACAUUUGCUCUGCAUCUACGUAAGGACAUGGAUUCAAGCCUCCAUGAUGCCAGCCAGCAUGUCUUGAACAGCGAUUCGCUUACUGUGAUUGAGGAGAAUGUGCAUCCCAAGCACCUUUCCCCCCAUGAUCUUGAGUAUUUAAAGGCAAGAGGUGUAUUUAUUUUCCCCGAAACAAGAAUGUUGGAAGAGAUAAUCACUGUCUUCCUCGAUCGGUUCUAUCCUCUCUACUCCGUUGUGAAUCCCAAAGAACUACGGAAGGCACAGCAGGAGCAGAAGAUUCCGUGGAUCUUACUCCAUUCAAUCUGCUUUAUAGCAAUGACCUUCUGCGAGCCUGCUAUGAUUUACAAGGCCGGAUUCAGUUCUCGUGCGGAUGCACGUCAGCUUUAUUAUGACCAAGCUAAGGCCCUUUUCGAUCUGAACUAUGAAAAUAAUAAGAUUAUAUUGGUCAAGGUCGCGAUUCUACUCAGUUUCAGGGGUCCUCAGAUGGAUUGCUAUUGGAAUCCAUGCUCAUGGAUUGAGUUUGGGGUGACGAUGGCUGUGGCUCUGGGCAUGCACCGCAAGUCUAUUCCUAAUAAUGAAGCUUCUAAUGAUCGAGGCUUACUCAGACGGUUAUGGUGGACAUUGGCUAUCCGUGAUGCCCAUUGCUCCGCCCUGCUGGGACGUCCAUUCCGAAUCAAUAUCAGCCAAUGCGAUAUUGAUAUGUUAACAUUGGAUGACUUUCCUGGACACUCCCACCCCAACUCAUCGUCUACAUCCCAACCAAUCUGUGACUGCUGUGAGUCGUUCGAGUACCAGGUACAAGUUGCAAAGCUUUCACUUGUUCUACGAAAUAUCAUGCACUUUCGCUUCGGGCCCAUCAGUGAGUUCCCGGAGAUCGUGGGUAUUCAGGAGCAAUUAUCCAGCUGGAAGGCCCAGCUCCCAGCAGCUUUACAAUGCGUGUCCGGACAGUUACCCAUGUCGAUAACAGCAGUGCACCUCAACAUUCUGCUCAACUACCAUAUUAUGCUUCUAUAUAUGGAUCGGCCAUGGCAAUCAGAGAUCCAUCGACCAUCACCCGCAACUUCAGCACUUGGUGGUUAUGACUCUGUUAUUAGCACUGAGUCAGCGGCCCUGGAAGUCUCCUCAAGUGCUAUCAAGUUGAUGAUCCGCAGUUCCAUGUGUGCGAUUCCUCACGAAGUCUUUCCUGGAUUUUUCGUGGCCGGAAUUAUACUCUACCAACAAGCCCAAGAUGUGCAAAGGGCUCAUCUGGCAAGGAUGGUCCGAGCCAGUUUUGACAACUGCCAGAUGCUGUUGAAUCAAGCACAGAAUACCUGGGAUCCGGGAGUUUGGGCGAUGAAAGUUUUCGAAUUCCUUUUCUACGCUGUGGACAGGACUGAUGCUGCCGAUGCUCAAAAACCGCCAAAUGAUAGUUAUGAACAGGGGACGCAUAUCCCCUCUGCGGCGUCUCAUACCCAGCAGUAUUCAUUUCCGUCCAAUCAAUCGUGGUCGGAUGUUCCCUCCUCUAGCAUGGAAUUUGGACGGCAUUCGAGCAUGUACAUGGCUGAUUACAUGCUUCUACCAAACUUUUUCACAGUGCCAUUCGGCAGCUAG